CUGCUAUCAAACAGCUGCUGGCGCGCGAAGUUGUUUGUGUUUUUUGGUCCAGCAGUUAUCAUAUUUUCUAAUUUUCUGGCGUGUGUCGGCCAAAAUAUUCGAGAAAGGCAUAGUGUAUUAAAUUACUAUCAAGUAAAUUGUCGCAUUGAACCAUGAAAUACUCGCCGUCCUACGAGCCAAACUACUUUUCUCUCGAAGACAUCGUAGCCACCAAUGCAACAGUGCCUUGUAAAGUGGAGAUCAAAAUUCCAGGCUUAGGAGAAAUGGACCGAGGGUCUCAGUCAGAGCAUCUCGAACCUGGCCGGAGACUUGAGUUACCGAUUUGGAUGGCGUUCAAUUUAUCAAAACGACACCUUGUCAAACCAGAUUUUGGCAAGGCCUACUCACAAUCGGCUAGGGAAAUUUUAAAAGCGGAGCCAGCCGUGGUCGAUCUUUUGAAACAAGAAGCCUACUUCUACGAAACUGGAAUUCACGUUGCUUCACUGAUAGAAGGAGAGGAAGCUGCAAAUCUAAGAAAAAUUCUGCAAAACACGUUCCAGAUUCGCAGCAAGGAAAUCAUCAGCUUGUCACAGGCGGAAAUUUCAAAAGACGUCAUCAGCAGAGAGCAGUUGCUGAGCAAAGAAGAAAAGGCUGUGAUGCUGGAUGGCAGGGCGAGGUGGCUCGAGGUGGAAAACUGGCUUUCAGGUAAGCUCAGUAGUGCUGAGUUGGCUGCCGUGUCUGUUUCAAAUUAUCUCAAGAGGAAACGGCCGAGGGAAGACUCGGAUUGAAAUUUGCGCUCCUCUUAAAACCUGAUACUCAAGCAACUUCGAUUAAAUUAGCAUUGCUUAAGAUUUUCUUUUAUAAGGUUGAAGUCAAUUUAAUACAUAUUUAAGAUGCCAUUUUUUAAUUAAAAAUUAAAAACACAAAAGUGCUUAUUUUCCUAUUUUGAAGUUGAAAUUGUAAAUUAUAUUAAUCUAAAUAAAGACUUAUUAUCAACACUUAUCAA